AUGCCGUACGCACUACAGAACCGCAAUGUCCUCGUUACUGCGGGCUCGAGAGGUCUCGGAGCCCUCGUGGCCCAAAAGUUCGCUGCGGAAGGUUGCAACGUCGCGAUUAACUAUUUAUCGAGCAAGGAGGCCGCGGAGAAGCUGGUGGUCGAUAUCAAGGCGCAAUACAACGUGAAAGCGAUUACGAUCCAGGGGGACGCAAGCAUCCAAAGCGAGUGUCAGAGCAUGGUCAAGACUGCCAUUGAGGAGUUUGGAGGACUGGAUAUUCUGGUCUCCAAUGCUGGUUGGACGAAGGUCACUGUCUUUGGUGACCUCGAUGCUAUGGACGAUGCAGAUUGGGACAAGUGCUGGUCUUCGAACGUAAAAGGAAACUUGUAUCUCUUCAAAGCAGCGUUGCCAACUUUCAAUGCGAAUCCCGAAGGCGGAGUCUUUAUCCUCACUUCAUCGGUUGCGGCCGUCUCCGCAACUGGAAGCAGCUUGCCGUAUUCCGUCACAAAAGCUGCAGGCCUGCACCUAGUCAAGUGCCUUGCACAGACCCAGGGAAAGAAAGUUCGUGUCAAUGCAGUUCUCCCUGGCCUCUUGCUCACCGAUUGGGGCAAUCGCUUUCCGCCAGAGAAGAUCGAGGCUUACAAAGAUAAAGCUCUUCUCAAGACCGUACCCGAAGUGGAAGACACGGCCAAUGCAUACAUCAUGAUAGCCAAAAACUCAUCCAUGACAGGACAAGCCGUCCAAAUCGACUCGGGUUUUGUGGUAAACUAUUAAGCGCUGGACGGGCAGGGAGUGCGAGUAGUCAGGCACAUAAUGAUGGACAUGACCAACCCCGCUAAAUGGUAUCAUAUGGUGUUAGUUAUACAUAGAAAUACAUUCUGUUCCCUU